UUCUGCUUUUAUUUCUCGGGGUUUUCUCCAUAUUUUUUCUUAUUUGUUCUCCUUACCUUCUGAUUUCACCAGAAAAUUUAUUUUAUUCUGAUUUUUCUUUUGUUCUAGGGUCCUCUUCCGUUACUUCCAUUUUUCUUCAUCCCUCUGAUUUUACAGGAUUUUUUCUGAUUUUUUGUUCUGAUUUUAAUUUUGGAUUUUUAGUGUUCUCCUUACCUUCUGGUUUACGAGAAAUUUUUUUUAUUCUGAUUUCUGUUUUUUUUGGGGUCCCCUUCGUUGCUGUCCAUUUCUCUUCAUCUCUCUGGUUUUACAGAAUUUUUUCUGUUUUUAUUUUUCGGAUUUUAUGGUUCCCCUCCCGGUUUGUCCAUUUCACUCUUCAAAAUAUUACCCAAAAAAUUAUUUUUUUAUUUUUAAGAUGCGACAUGUCUUUGUUGGUAUUGAUCUUUCAACAUCAAUCCUUUCAAAAGAUGUUGAACCUAGUAGAUUACGAGUUGUGAGGGAAUGUCUAUUAAAUUUUGUAAAUAAAUUUUUUGAGCUCAAUCCUUUGUCUGCUAUGGGUCUAAUAAUUGGACGUGACAAGAAGGGUGAUUGCUUUUGUGGAUUUUCAAUUACAUAUCACAUCCUCGAAACUAGUUUAAUUUUCCUAAUAUGUGUUUGGGGCUCUUUCCAAUUUCUACCACCUUCUAUUUUUCAAGGUAGUCUUCAAAAAUUGACUGAAGCAUUUAAUUCUCUCAAUGAAGCGUCUUGUGGUGGAACAGAAUUUUCUUUACAUUCAAUGCUGGAAACUGCUUUAAAUCAUUUUAGAAAUGUUCCUGCCCACACAAGCAAAGAAUGUAUUUUUAUUGUUGCAAGUUUGAGUACUAUUGAUGCUUCUAGUUUAAAACAAAUUUAUGAGCAAUUAAAAAUGCAAUCUGUUCGUUGUUCAAUAAUUUCUUUUUUGGCUGAAGUUUAUGCUUUUAAAAAACUUUGUGUUACUACACAAGGAAAGUAUGGAGUAGCUUUAGAUAAGGAACAUUUUGACCUUUUACUUACUGAACACUUACAACCUCCACCUCUCAAACCAAAACAAGGACAUCAAGAUAGUAUUGUAAAAAUGGGGUUUCCAAUUAAAAAGGCGAAGAAAAUUGUUUCUUUUUGUGCUUGUCACGAAUUGGCUGGUGAUGCUUUAGACCUUUCAAAACAAAAUGAAUAUGCUUAUAUUUGUCCGCAAUGUGGUUCUCAUUAUUGCCAAACUCCUACAAAUUGUCGUGUUUGUGGCCUUUUAUUAUUAACUGCACCCCAAUUAGCACGUGCUCAUCAACAUUUGGAGCCGUUGCCAGCAUUUGUGGAGUCUACACCGAUUGAAGGGACAACAUGUUUUGCCUGUGAUGAACUUUUAUUUUCUUCAAUUAAAGCCUAUUUUUGCAAAAAUUGUAAUGCACAAUUUUGUAUAGAAUGUGAUAUUCUUUUACAUGAAUCUUUACAAGUUUGUCCGUCUUGUGGUUAA